ACCUACUCUUAUGCGCAGGGACAGUGCUGCGGCCGACAAGCGGCGUCGACGCACGAGUGCCGUGCACGUGACCGCAGACGAAAGUACGCCCGGUGCCGAUGAAAGCCCCAAGGUCGGGUCCGAGCCAAGUCUGACGCGUGCGUCGACCAAAUGCGCAAAUGGGGCGAGUUUGUCGGGCACCAUCUCGGAAAGCGUCGCCAAGGAAAACCAGGCGCUUCGCGACGAGAUCAAGGGCCUGCGCCACUCGAUCGAGUUUCAUACGCACCGUGCCGAUCAGGCCGAAGCGAGCCUCCUCACCCUCCAAGCAGAAUUGAGCGACAUUCAUCGCCGAAAAGAAGAGGCAUUGCAACUCAAAAUCACGGCCUUGCAAGCAGAGCUGACUGCCAGCACCGAGGCCAACGAGACCCAAAUGCGCGAGUUCCAGGCGCAAAAAGCCGUCAUCGAGCAGAGUUUUCGAGACCGUAUCGAAGCCAUGGAUGCCAAGGUCAUCAGCCAAACGUUUAGCUCCAAAGCAGUCACGACAAUGCCGACGGAUCCACUGCAUUACGACCCUGCGACGGGUGCCAACUACUGCGCGCUGCCGCCGCGCAAAUAUAAAGGGUCCAGCGCCAUGAUCAAGGAGCUGCUCACGAGCGGCGCGGCCGACACGAAUGGCGACGCCGCAAUCAUGACGUCGAUCCUCGCCAACGCACAGGCGCACUCGCAGAGGGUCCUUUGCCGCCGCGAAGAAUAGUGACUGCAAUUUAUUAGCCUUUAAAGUACUGUUUUAGUACUUCCAACUCCC